GGGCGGUGCGCUCAGGGCGCUGCUGCACCGUACAGCCGCAGAGCCAGUGCGGGGCCGGGCGGCGGCGAGGGAGUCAUGCUGCGCUACUCCGGGCCACGCUCCCUGCCGGGCGUCUGCCUCCUCCUGCUGCUGCUCCUCCUCUGCGCCAAUGCUCUGGCCUCCGUGGUGUCGCGGAGCCGCCGGGGGGGCAGCAACGAGAAACCCAUCAUUGGGAUAUUGGCACAGGAGUGUGACUUUACAAGUUUCCAUAGAUUUGGAAGUUCCUACAUUGCUGCUUCAUAUGUGAAGUUCCUAGAAUCUGCUGGUGCACGAGUUGUGCCAAUAAGACUAAAUCGUUCAGAAGAAGAGUAUGAUAAGAUUUUCCAGUCUAUUAAUGGGGUACUUUUCCCAGGAGGUGGUGUUGAUCUUAAGACCUCAGAAUAUUCUAGGACUGCUAGGAUAUUUUACAACAAGGCACUAAAGGCUAAUGAUAAAGGAGACUAUUUUCCUGUAUGGGGAACAUGUCUGGGAUAUGAAGAGCUUACAUACCUCACCAGUGGGGAGAUUUUACUGACUUGGACUAAUACUGAGGAUUUUGCACUCCCACUGAACUUUACUACAGCUGCAAAAGACAGCAGGAUGUUCAAGAAUUUUCCAGAUGACUUGUUGCAAAAACUUGCCACUGAGUCUUUGACAGCACACUUUCAUCACUGGAGCCUCUCCGUGCAGAAUUUCACACAGAAUGCGAAGCUACGCAAUUUCUAUAGGGUUCUGACAACGAACACCCAUGCAGACGUGGAGUUUAUAUCGACAAUGGAAGCAUAUAAAUACCCAAUUUAUGGUGUCCAGUGGCAUCCAGAGAAAAAUCCUUUUGAAUGGAAGAACUCAUCAGGUAUACCACAUUCUGCAUCAGCGAUGAAAGUUGCAUAUUACGUAGCUGACUUCUUAGUGAAUGAAGCCCGGAAGAGCCUGCACCAUUUUCCUAAUAAGGGUGAAGAGACCAAAGCAUUGAUUUACAAUUAUACCCCUGUUUUUACUGGUAUAUUUUCUCCAUUUGAGCAAGUCUAUUUUUUUGAUUGAACAUCCAUCCCAUAGUACAGGAUAGCGAUCUGUAGAAUUGUUUGUUGCAAGUUUCAUAAUUAAACUCAUGUUGUGCAUUGCAAGUGGCAGAAAGCCAAAAUGCUUAGCUUACUUUACAGUGAUUUAUCCUAUGUUACCUCUGUAGAAUUGGCCCAUUAAUCUGACAGAUUUCCAUUCAAUUACAUUAUAAUUAUAAUUCAAGAGGGUGGCAGACUCCUUACUCACUAUUCAUGACCAGAUAGGCCUGCUACAGUUUAGCCCUUAACAGAAAGGAUGGAAAUGCAUUAAUUAAUGUUGUAUAAAGCAAAAAUUGUGAUCUGUAACUACUGUCAAGAAUCCAGCCCAGUGCAUUCAUAAGCAUGGUGCAUGUUGGCUGUAAAAUUCAGCAUUUGUAUUUCACUAGUUCUAGGUACGAUUACAGUUAAACUGAGCAAAGCUUAAUUAACCCGGGACAUUUUAGAUUACUUCUGUAAGGGCUUGACUACCCCAAUUCAGCACAAUACAAUUUUGUGUUGUAUUAUGUAUCUACUAGUAGCUGAAAGCGCAUGCUGUCACACGGGUGUAAUUUGUAAAGACGUGUGGCUGAGAACUUAAAAAUUGGAUGGUAAUGGAGCACUAAUCCCAGUGAUGAUUCAACCUGAUGAUAUUCUAAACAAAAAGUGCUUUCAGCCCCGUUUGUAGCUGUUUCCAUCACUUCACAUUGACUCAACAGACAUUCUAGGCUUCAGAGUGACAUACAGACCGAGUGACAAUCCUGGACUCUUAUAUAGAAUACUAUGAGCCUGAGUCUCUUCUUAUCCCAGUUUUGCAUUAGUAUCGUCUUGAUUUCAAUAGAGUGACUCCUGAGUCCUGGCUUACCAGUGUGAGAAAUGACAUUAGCAUAGCUGUGUUUUCAACAGAGUUACUCCUGAUUCUUUACUUACACCAGUCAGAGAAGACAGUUAGGCUCCGUAUCUACAUACAGGCACAGCAGCUAAACUGCUUACGCACUAAUGACCAAAUCCUGCAAUUCUUACUCAAACAUCCCCAGAAGUUUUGCCUAGUAGGGCUUUUCUACACCUAAAACUUGCGUCAGAUUACAAUACAAUUAAAGGAUGAAAAUCUUUUGAUCUUGAGCUUGACAGAUGUGUGCUUAUGUAACCAAACUCUUGGCAGAGAAAAUUAUUUCUUUUAGAAACACGAUAAAAUAAUAGGGAAACAUUAUUGCAAACGGACAUAAAGAAGUGUAUGCAGUACCAUCUGUACCUUGUAGGAUUUACAUAGUGAAGGUGCAGUAUUAUUUAGGCAUUGCACACAUCAGUUAAAGUAAUCAGCUUCAUUGCUCAGGACUGUGAAAAAUUUCAUGUGCCAUGCGAUCUAUUUAAGUUGACCUUACCCGCACUGUAGACUCAGCUAGGUUCAUGAAAAAAUUCUUCCAUGGACCUAGCUACCACCUCUCCAGGGGGUUGAUUUUACUACAGUGACAGAAAAGCCCCUUCUGUUGCUGUAGUAAGUGUCUCUCCUACAGCGGUGUAGCCGUGCCACUGUAGCGUUUGUAGUGUAGACAUACCUGAAGAGUUUGCCUAUGUAAGGAAUGCAUGAUUUAACCCCAAUAUAGUGGAGACCAAUCCUGCAAGUGGAAUUUCUGUGAACUUUACUGGUUGUGACCAGGGCCAAAGUGUGCAAAUGCAAAGGGUAGGGGUGUGUGUAAUAUGAGUGAGAUCAGUGUAUUUAUUCAUGAGUUUGGAAGUUUAUUUCCUUGCUGUUUUGUUCUGCUUUAUAAAGCAGCACUUCAUUGAACUGAUUGUAUUAAUGAUUUCCUUUAAUACUUGAAAUAAAGUUUAUACAAGC